AUGAAUAAUGUAAAUAAGAAUUAAUAAAUUUAAAUCAAAGACUAGAAAUAUAUUGGAUAAAAGUUGAUUGAAAAAUAAUCAACAGAGAAAAUUAAUAUAAAUAAAGUUUUCAGUGAUUAGAAUUAAAGUUAAACAGCUCAGAUUAAUGUUUAAAGCAUUUUUGAUAAUUUAAAAAUACUCUUAUAAGACCUAAGAAAAAAGUAAAUAUAAAUCCAAUAAUAUGUCUAAAAGGAAAUAUAAGAAAUGAAUUAAAAUUUAAAUUUUGCUAAAAGCUAAUUAGAAAAAGUAAUUUAAUUAAUUCAAAAAUAAAUAUUAGAAGAAAAUAUUACAUAGGCUGAGGUCAAUAUUUAAAAAUAAAUAAUUUUAAACUCAUCAUAGAUUUAAGUUCAACAAUAGAAAAUUCUAAAUCUAAAUAAUUAAAAAUUAUAACCAUAAUAAUCUGAUUCAUCAACUAUAUCAUAAUCAAAAUCUAAAAUCUUCAUGCCAGGUGGGAAGAUGUUAUAAAAAUUUAGCUAAACAUCAAACAAUUUUAAUAGUUAGAAUCUAUAAAAAUCAAAUUCUAAUGAAAAAAAAGAUUAUCUUACGAGUUCUAUGCUUUAUAAAGGGUCUUUAAAAUUUAAAUUUGUAGAAAGUUAACAUGAUUAGAUUAAUCCAUAAAUUUAGGAAAAGAAUAUUAAUUAAGUUGUUAAUUAGAAAGAAACAAAUUAUUUUAAUAAUAGUCAGAAAAAUGACAAUAAAAAUAAAAAUCUAUUUGAAACUGAAUAUUUUUAAGUCAGAUCGGUAUGCUAUAAUUGUUAGAAAUAUAUUGAAUCAGAUUCUAUUUAAACUCCUUGCUUACACUUUUAUCAUUAAGCAUGUUUAAUAGAAUUAUAUUAAAUUUAAUUAGAGUCUUAUUUAGAUUCAAAAUAAAUCAUAUGUAUUUGUUAACGUAAAUUAAGUUAACUCUUUUUUAAAUAAAUUUUGAAUGUUAAUUUAGAAUAAUUGUUUUCGAAACAAAUAAUUUUAAUUAAGAAUUAAUUGAAAAAUAAAAUAAACUAAUGUGUAAAAUGUUAAUUUUUUUGGAUUAAAGGAUUUUAUGAUUAAUACAUAACCAAUUGUUAAAUUUGUGGUCAAAUUGGAAUCAUUAUAAAAUAAUGA